AUGACAGCACUAUUCUGCCUUGAAUUGAGAACUAAUAUAUUUCUAAUAAUGAAUGAUUGUAUUAUUAUCAAUUACUGGAAAGGGUUCAUUUUUUCUUUCCACUCGUAUUUUUUUCCUUUUCGUUUUGAGUCCUCCUUAAGGGCUCAUUACCCGGGAAAGAGAAAUUAUUCAGAUUUUUCUGUUAUACCGUUACCUUAUUAUAUAGAUGUUCGCAGUUUUCAUAUUUGUGAGAGCCAACACAUUAUUGCAUUACCGCUACAGAUCCCACUUCCUUACCGUAUGCUUAUACGUAUGUAUCCAGUUUAG